AGAAACAGAGUGUGAUUAAGAAAAAGAAAAGAAGAAACAUUUGAGAUGUGUAUUUUCCUGUAGAGUGUGUGCGGUUAUUUAGAGCAAGGAUGCUGUUUGGGGUUAUGAAGACAAAGCUUUGGAUUAUACAACUUGCAUCGCUACAACUUUGGGUAAGACUCUCAGCUUCUCAGCUUUCUCCGCCACCUCCUCCCUUCCCAACACUUAACCUGAAAUCCAGGUCCACUGACUCUGCAGUCCUGGUGUGUCGUGCACCUGGAGGCCACAAGGGACUUCAGUUUGCUUUAUACCGAGAGAGAGUAAAGGUGAACUCCAUUGAUGUGCCACAUGGUGCUGAAGAGGUUCGCUUCACCGUCAGGCCAAGUGACGCAUCACAGCGUGAACUGUAUUGUUGUUUGUAUAAAACAAUGGAUAGAUACAGUGGAUUCAGUCCGUAUUUGGAGAUAAAUUGGCAAAGAGAUGCUGGUCCAAGCCUCCCCAUACCACUGAAUCCAGAUCCUCCUAUUCUGUCAAUGGAACCCUCUAGUGGACUGGUGAAACGUGGAGAAAUGCUUUUGUUCCACUGUUCUCUUCCACCUCCUCUGCCUCUAUAUCAAGCAAACAGCCCAGUGCUGUUUAUGCUAUUGAGAGGUGUAGCUGCAGACUCCAAAUGGUUAACAGUCGUACCACAAGCUCAGUUCAGCCACUCAUUGAGUUCUGAGCCACAGCCGGGAGUCUUCAGCGUGGGCCCAGUGACAGGUGCAGAGCAGGGUCAAUAUACCUGUCUGUACCAGGUCAACAGAGGAGAGGGGCUGCAAAAUUCAAGUGUCAGUAAUAUCGUCCAAGUCACUGUCACAGACCUGCUGCCCACUCCCACCCUGAUCCUGGACAAGCAGUCGGACGUGUGGCAUUUGCUGUGUCGUGGCUCCCCCGCGUACCCUGGUGCUGGGUUCUCUCUGUACUUGCAGGGUCAUGAUCUGCCUGUAGAGUCGUACCAGGCCAAACUGACCGAACACCGGGCCAUUUUCUCAGUGCCAGUCCAGGACACACCAGUGGCUCUGUACCAGUGUGAAUACAGAGUCUUGCUGGGAAGACAGUGGAGCCAAUCAGAGCGCAGUCUGCCCCUGUCUAUGUCACAAGGAAACAGUUCUGCGCCUACAGCAGACUCCUUUGGUGUGGACUGGCCCCUGGUUUUGGGCUCUCUUUCAGCUGUGGUGUUAUUCCUCUGCUCAUUGGCUCUCCUCAUUGUGAUGCUCCAUAGAAAAAUGAAGGCAGCAGCGGAUGCAAAAAAGAAAAGGGAGGAGGCUCAGUUUUGGACACAGGUUCAUGGUAAAGACCAUAUAGUAGAUCUCACUCUCCCACGUCAAAGCUUUACUUCUCAGGACUGGACAAAUGGUCACACAGACUCUGCUCAAACAUCCCAUUUGUGGAAUCCGCUGUCUACAUUCACAACCCCAGUCAUCCCAAGCUAUUGACAUUCUGGACGUUCAUACUUUGUCAAAUCAGUAGUGGUGGAAGGUAACAAAGUACAAAAGUAAAAGUACAAAAUGUAAAUACAAAUUUUAGGUAUCUGUACUUUACUUUUGACAACUUGUAUCUUUACUUUCUACUCCAUUACAUUUUGAAUCUGGACUGAAAAUUAAAAAGUACUUUUCUUUAUGGUUUGUUAAUUUGAGUUAACAUCCCCACUUCCAGCGAACCAAAUACACAAAAACGGCUGGAAAAAUUAAGACGUCAAUUGAAUCACUUAAAAUAUGUUAAAUUCUUUUUCAAAAUCACUACGUUUCAUUCGUUAAUUGUUUCUAAAAAUCUCAGCAAAAUACUUUUUACUCUUUAAGUACAUUUUUAAACAGGUACUUAAAUACUUUGACUUAUGUAGAUUUUUUCCUGUGACUUUUACUUAAGUAACAAAAUGUAGUACUUCUUCCAUCACUGCAGUAUCAGUACCAGUUCCAGUCACACAGUGGACAGGAAAGACAAGUUCCUCUUUUAUGUUUUGGGAAAAUACAAGUGACAGGAUGUGAGGUAGCUUUGUUUGUUUGUGCAACAUGUUUUGUAAAAUAUUUAUUGAAUGUCCUGUACUUUUACUUAUGUGCAUGUAAGAAUGUCAUUUGUGUGUCAAGAUAAUUGCAAAUAUUAUAGCAAUGGUAUUUUGAUGAUGUGUCAUUAUUCUGCCUGGAAUGUUCCGUGGUAUGACAUUAAUCUUAAAGCUCAAAAAUACCUGGAAAAACAGACAUUCUAACUGUGAGCGAGGUUGUGUCUCCGUAGAUCUGACUUGUAACUUGGUCUAGUCUCCAUGUAGGUGGAAAAGGUUUAAUACCAUUCUGUGAAAUUCUAGACAAGCCAAUAACAUCUCCAUGGGGAAAAGUGUUUGAUGGACCCUCCAUCAGAAAAGUUACUCAACUUUUAAAAUGUUUAAUAUAUUGUUGAUGUUAACAUUUCAUCACCAAUUGUAUAUAUAUUUACAAUUUGUACAACUGUUAAUAAUAAAUAUGUUUUUUGUAAUGGCA